CAUUUGCAUUGCAAGAGACCUCGGCAAGAAUCAUCUGCUCUGGAUCAGCGACAAAAUGGAGGAACCUGCUUCGGAAAUGAGCCCCUCUGUGGAGCGUAAAACAAAGGGGACUGAGAGUGUCCUGAUGAAGAGAGCAGACUCCCCUGUACCCAGCUGUGUUUCCAUGAAGAGUGACUGGUCAAUGGAAAAGGGAAUCUACUUCAGAGAGGGACCUUUACCUACAGAUCAAAGAGAGCAAAUGGAUGAAUGCAGAUCAGAUCUACAGGAUAAAUCGAGUUUAUCAUCCAUAUUGAAGUCACUAGAGGAAAAUGCUGUGAGGUUCCUGAAGUAUGAGCUGAAGAAGAUCACGAGGUACCUAGAUCAGAAUUGCCCAGAAUUCUCUGGGCCUCAGCUGGAGGAGGACAAUGACCUGGACAGUGAUGGUCAGAUGCAGAAGACCUGUGGUAGAGAGGGAGCUCUGAAGAUCACACUGUACAUCCUGAGGACCAUGAAGGAAAAUGAUCUCGCUGACAUGCUGGAGAAGAGGCAUCUUCUGUCACAAUGUCAGCGCAGAAUCAAAUGCAACUUGACGAAGAAAUGUGAGUGUGUAUUUGAAGGGAAAGCUAAGGAAGGACAGCCAACACUUCUCAGUGAGAUUUACACAGAACUCUACAUAACUGAAGGUGGGACUGGAGCAGUCAAUGAUGAACAUGAAGUGAGACAGAUUGAAACAGCAUCCAAGAAAAGGCGAACAGAAGAUAUUACAGUCAAGUGCAAUGAUAUAUUUAAACCCUUAUGUGGGCGUGUGACACCUAUCAGAACUGUACUCACUAAAGGGGUGGCAGGUAUCGGGAAAACAGUCUCUGUGCAGAAAUUCAUUCUCGACUGGGCAGAAGGAAAAGCAAACCAGGAUGUUCACUUCAUAUUUGCUCUUCCUUUCCGGGACCUGAAUUUGAUUAAGGGGGAAUACAGUCUGACUGAACUGCUUCACCACUUUGUCCCAGAACUGAAAUCAUUUCAAUCCACUGAGCUGUUUAGGUACAAAGUCUUGUUCAUCUUUGAUGGUCUGGAUGAGUGUCGCCUUCCUCUCGAUUUUCAGAACAAUGAGAGCUGGUUUGAUGUAACAAAGAAAAUGUCACUGGAUGUGCUGUUGACUAACCUCAUUAGGGGGAAUCUGCUCCCAUCCGCUCUCCUCUGGAUAACCUCCCGGCCAGCAGCAGCCAAUCAGAUACCUCCUGAGUGUGUCCACCAGGUGACAGAGAUACGAGGGUUCAGUGAUGCCCAGAAGGAGGAGUAUUUCAAGAAGAGAUUUAAUGAUCAGAGCCUGGCCAGCAGGAUUAUCACACAUGUGAAAUCAUCAAGGAGCCUCUUCAUCAUGUGCCACAUUCCUGUGUUCUGUUGGAUUUCAGCCACUGUGCUUAAGAGGUUUUUUAGUGAGACUGACAUGGGAGAAAUUCCAAGGACUCUGACUGAAAUGUACACACACUUCCUGAUCUUUCAGACAAGUUUAAAAAAUGACAAGUAUAUGAAAAACCAUGAAACUAAGCUUAAGGAAUACAGCAAGGAAUUCCUUUUAAAACUUGGUAAACUGGCUUUUGACAACCUUGAGAAAGGCAAUCUCAUAUUUUAUGAGCAAGAUCUGACAGAGAAUGGCAUUGAUGUCAGUGAAGCUUCAGUUUACUCUGGAGUGUGCACAGAAGUCUUUAAAGACGAGUAUGGGUUGUACCAGGAGAAGGUGUACUGCUUUGUGCAUCUGACCAUCCAGGAGUAUCUCGCUGCUUUAUAUGUGUUUCUGUCAAACUCAUCAGCUGACCUGCUGAAGACUGCAGUAGAUCAGGCAUUAAAGAGCAAGAAUGGACACUUGGACCUCUACCUCCGCUUCCUCCUGGGCCUCUCAACAGACUCCAGUAAGACUCUGUUACAAAGGCUACUGGGGCCGACAAGAAUCAGCUCACAUACCAUUAAGGAAACAGCCCAAUACAUCAAGGAGAAAAUACAGGAGAAUUUAUCUCCAGAAAGGACCAUCAACCUGUUCCACUGUCUGACUGAGCUGGGUGACAAUUCUCUAGUAGAGGAAGUACAAAGAUACCUGAAUUCAGGAAACAUUUCAGCAGAUGACCUCUCACAAGCACAGUACUCAGCUCUGGCCUUUGUGAUGCUGAUGUCAGAUGAGGAGCUGGAUGUGUUUGACCUGAAAAAAUACAUCAGAUCAGAUAAAGAGCAAUGGAGGCUGCUGCCUGUGGUCAAGAACUCCAGGACGGCUCUGCUGAACAGCUGUGAUCUCAUAGAUAAACACUGUGAAGAGCUGUCUUCAGCUCUAAGAUCAAACUCUUCCCCCCUGAGAGAGCUGGACCUGAGUGACAAUAACCUGAAGGAUUCAGGAGUGAAGCUGCUCUCUGCUGCACUGGGGGAUGUACACUGUAACCUGGAGAUAUUGAGGCUGUCAGGCUGUAGAGUCACAGAAGAAGGCUGUUCUUCUCUGGCUUCAGCUCUGAGGUCAAACCCCUCACACCUGAGAGAGCUGGAUCUGAGCUACAAUCACCCAGGAGACUCAGGAGUGAAGCUGUUCUCUGCUGCACUGGUUGAUUUAUACUGUAAACUGGAGAUACUGAGGCUGUCAGGCUGUAGAGUCACAGAAGAAGGCUGUUCUUCCCUGGCUUCAGCUCUAAGAUCAAACCCCUCACACCUGAGAGAGCUGGAUCUGAGCUACAAUCACCCAGGAGACUCAGGAGUGAAGCUGCUCUCUGCUGUACUGGAGGAUCCCAGCUGUAAACUGGAGAAGCUGCAGGUGGACCGGUGUGAACUCACAGAGAAAUGCUGUGAGGCGCUGGCUUCAGCUCUCAGAUCAAACUCCUCACCCCUGAGAGAGCUGGACCUGAGUGACAAUGACCUGCAGGACUCAGGAGUGAAGCUGCUCUCUGCUGGACUGGGGGACUUACACUGUAAACUGGAGAUACUGAGGCUGUCAGGCUGUAGAGUCACAGAAGAAGGCUGUUCUUCCCUGGCUUCAGCUCUGAGGUCAAACCCCUCACACCUGAGAGAGCUGGAUCUGAGCUACAAUCACCCAGGAGACUCAGGAGUGAAGCUGCUCUCUGCUGUACUGGAGGAUCCCAGCUGUAAACUGGAUAAGCUGAAGGUGGGUCAGUGUGAACUCACAGAGAAAUGCUGUGAGGCGCUGGCUUCAGCUCUCAGAUCAAACUCCUCACCCCUGAGAGAGCUGGACCUGAGUGACAAUGACCUGCAGGACUCAGGAGUGAAGCUGCUCUCUGCUGGACUGGGGGAUUUACACUGCAAACUGGAGAUACUGAGGCUGUCAGGCUGUAGAGUCACAGAAGAAGGCUGUUCUUCCCUGGCUUCAGCUCUGAGGUCAAACCCCUCACACCUGAGAGAGCUGGACCUGAGCUACAAUCACCCAGGAGACUCAGGAGUGAAGCUGCUCUCUGCUGUACUGGAGGAUUCCAGCUGUAAACUGGAGAAGCUGAAGGUGAACUGGUGUGAACUCACAGAGGAAUGCUGUGAGGCGCUGGCUUCAGCUCUCAGAUCAAACCACUCACAUCUGAGAGAGCUGGACCUGAGUGACAAUGACCUGCAGGAUUCAGGAGUGAAGCUGCUCUCUGCUGGACUGGGUAUUCCACACUAUAAACUGGAGAAACUGAGACUGUCAGGCUGUAGAGUCACAGAAGAAGGCUGUUCUUCCCUGGCUUCAGCUCUGAGGUCAAACCCCUCACACCUGAGAGAGCUGGAUCUGAGCUACAAUCACCCAGGAGACUCAGGAGUGAAGCUGCUCUCUGCUGUACUGGAGGAUCCCAGCUGUAAACUGGGGAAGCUGAAUGUGGAUCACGGUGGAGAGUGCAGGACCAGACCAGGCUUACAGAAAUACUCCUGCCAGCUGACACUGGACCCAAACACAGCACACAGACGCCUGUCUCUGUCAGAGGGGAACAGGAAGGUGACAUGGGGGGCAGAGAAGCAGCCAUAUCCUGAUCAUCCAGAGAGAUUUGACUGCUGGUACCAAGUUCUGUGUAGAGAGAGUCUGACUGGUCGCUGUUACUGGGAGGCUGAGUGGAGUGGAGAAGGAGCCUGGAUAGGGGUCACUUAUAAAGGAAUCGGGAGAAAAGGCGUGAGUUACUGUCGGCUGGGAACUAAUGACAAGUCAUGGAGUCUGUCCUGUGAUCCUGAAAAUUACUAUGUCUGGCACAAUGAUAAUCAGACUGACAUACCAACACAGCCCUCAGGUUGCCACAGAGUAGGAGUGUAUCUGGACUGGGAGGCUGGUACUCUGUCAUUCUACAGAGUCUCCUCUGAUGGACUGACUCUCCUGUACAGGGACACCUCCUCAUUCACUCAACCGAUCUGUACAGGGUUUUAUGUUCCUUUUUUAUCCUCAGUGUCGCUGUGCAUGCUGGGAUAGCUCACUAUGUGCUGGAAUAUUCAUGUUUACUGUAUCAUAGUGUGACAUGUUGCUGCUUCUCCACGGCAAAUCUCUGCUUUUCAACCUGUAUAAUACUUUUCACUCUGAAAUGGGACUGGUGUUAUUUGAAAAAUAAAUAACUGGGGUCAGCAAGCUGAACAAACAUGCAAACUGUUUUUCUCUCUGACUAAAAUAACUAAAUGUGAGCCUGAUGAGUGUGUGGGGCUUUUUGUACAUUUUGUAUAUUUAUGCCUGUAUAUUGUAUUUGCUACCUGUACAAUGAUAAUAAACGCUUUAUAUUCUGUC